AUGCAGGGUCCUCCAUAUUUGCACGACUCCCCUGAAGAAUAUGCGGUCCCUCUGCCAUGCGCCAAGUGCGUUCCCCAGGGAUUCCAGGUUGACUGCAUCGAAUGUAAUCUCAAGCAGCAGAUAGCGAGCAGUCCGCAAACCGGCUUCCUAACCUUGCUAAAUCAGCUUCCUGUUGACCUCUCCACCUUCCAGCAGCCAGCCGCAACUUUGUCCUAUUAUGACCCUCUUGUUCUAACCCCCGCAUCGAUACCUCCUGAUGUUCCUGCCCACAGCCAAGCAUUUCCAAUGGUGCCCGUUCAAUUAAGAGUGCCUUGGUCUCGGAAUGUUUUACCAGUGGCAGAACCGAGAAUACAGGAUGUCACUGUUUCCCUGUGGACAUCCGUACCGAUUGAUACCCUUCUGAUGUCCGAACUCCUGGCAUCUUACUUCCAGCAGGGCUAUCUCAUUAGUGUACCAUUCCAAAAGGAUCUGUUCCUUGAAGAUCUUGUGUCGGAUGGAUAUCAGCCUGCUGGGUACGAGGUCAAAAAUUGCUCACCGUUACUUGUCAACGCCAUUCUCGCAAUGGCCGCCAAUACGUACACUAGCGGUCCCCUAAUAUCCAAGGGCUUCAAGCUGGCUUCGCUCUCUGAAUCGUUCCUCACUCAAGCAAUGCAUAUAUGGGAGAGCGAGGAUCUGAAUGAGCCCAAGUUGACCACAAUCCAAGCUGCACAGAUUCUCAGCUUGUAUCACGCCACAGUGAUGCGAAAUGAUAUUGCGUCCGAUAUUCUAUCUCGAGCAGUCGCGAUGGCUGCGCAAUUGGAACUGUUCACCGCCAGUGACGAUGAAUGCACAGCCACUGGAGUGGCUCGAAAAUUCACUUCCUGGAGCCUAUUUAGCUGGCAAAGUACAUAUUGUUUCUACAAUUUCAUGCCACCCCUUAUCACAGAGCCUCCCGUCACCACCUUACCGAAUUACGCAUCCGUGGGUGGUUUGACUGGUGAGAUGUUCUUGGGGAAUCCAGAGAUAGAGCCCACUAGGCCACUUUAUCUGGGCAUGACGUUUAGAGCCGUUGCAUUACUCAACGUUAUUCUAAACGAUAUCAAUCUCACAGGUUCAAUUAGAGGGACCGAGUAUCCCAAGACCAGUACUCUUGCCAAGCAGCAAAUCUUGACCUUUUGUGCACGGCUUCGGUUCUGGUUUGGCGCUCUCCCAAACGAAAUUCAGAACUCCAAUGCUGAAUCAAUCCACUACUUUCGCAUACAUUUGGCCUAUUCUCAUGUCCAGUUCGCCCUGCUUGAGCCAUGGGUACAAGACGGCCUACCUUCUCUGUUAGAAGAUAAGGACACUCACAGUCUAUACGAAUGGGGAAUAAAAGCCCAGAUGAAAAGGCAGCAAUUGGUUGAACUAUUUCACAUCAAGCAUGGCGAGAUUGGUGCCGGUAGUUUCCGAUGGCUGCAUCCCUUCUUGUUGGGUAGUCUUCCUGGCGGACGCAAGACGGUAGCAUCCACCCAGCCAUCUGAACAUCGGUAA